UCUGUAUGCAAUAUCGUUGCAUUCUCACGGGAAGAACUCAAGUCUCAGGUCACAGAGAUCUUUCAGCAUAUCUGAAACAUAACCCUAAGAGCAGCAAUAGUUCAUCAAAGCCAGGUUCCCCAAUAAGGUCUUAUCCUUCUUUGACAAAAGCUGCAUCCGCAGUGCAGUAUCAACCACACACCCACACAUACAUCACCACUGUCAACAGCAGUGGUGAAGUCAGAUCUUCGGCCUAUUCUUCAGAAUAGACACGCUGGAUCAGAGUCAGCUUGAAAUCAGCAGGAUCACUUGCCUCUGUCCCCCACAUCUCACCCUCCUUAAAACCAUGUUUUGUAACCUCAUCGACUCAGGCAUUCCCAAGACGUGUCUAUCCUUCGGGAAGAAUAUCCAUUCCAUUCCAUCCAACCCUCGCGGUGACGGUCCUCGGACAGAUUCAGCUGUAUCAGUCCCCGUCUCCAUUCCACACGUGUCAUAUCCAUACCUGCACCCUUACGCGGAUACAGAUCUAGAGGCUAACGACGCGUACGGUAACCACGAAGGAUACUGGGUGAGACCGUUUACGUGUGAGUGCCAGUGCCUGCUGAACGCGAAGCUAAAUCUGAAUCCCAUUGCGCGAAGCAUCGCAUCGCCGCUGUCUUUGUCGUCUUCAUUGUCAUCCACGGACUCAUUGUCCGAGUCACUGUCCACAUCAUCAACAUUUCAGGAGCCGAAGCAGGAACAGAUGCCGACACAGAUUCAGAACCAGAACUGCCUGGAUUGGUCCCAUGCAGCUAUCUCUGUCGACCCUCGCCAUCAUCAGAGCAUGCAGAGGAUGAUAUUGCCGCUGUCUUCCGGGCUUUAUGACCCGUCCUUGACAGGACAUGUCCACGGUGGUCAUCUUUAUCAACACCAUGGUCUUCCCAUUGAGCCGGGGAAAAGAAACCAAAGCCCUAGCCUUGGCGCUCCUAACGCCGAACAAACGGAAACAGCCAUAACAUCCCCCUUCGACGAGAAGGAUACGAAGUUCGAAGCCUUCGCCUCGCCGUACGACUUGGAAUUGGUGCAUCAUCAUCAUCAUCAUCAUCAUCAUCAUUCCAGACCCUCCAGCUUCUACCUUUCCACCACUGAUACGGACGACGCUGUGUCUCUUUGUAUUAAGACGGAGAAUGAAUUCAGCAGGUCUUCGUUCUGCGAGUCCAAUUCUCCCGGUAGCAGUCUCGGCACUUGGCCGUCUGCAUCUGCAUGCGGGUUUAACAGCGAGUCGUUCUUCACGGCCGGCAGCGGAAGCAGCCCUGGAAGUCCUUCAUCAUCUUCUUUACUUCCUCCACUGACACACGACACCGGCGUGGCGGUGGGUGCGAGUAUUAAUGUCCAACAAGAGCGUCAGGGUUGUCUGUUAAGUCAUGAGGACGCGAAUAUGAAUGUAAACCUGAAAGCUUGCAGUUCAGCCAGCUUACCUUCCUGGCCUCUUUCGGAAUCGACCUCGACAUGCCCAAACACAGAUGGCCAGUGGAACCUGCUGCUGCCUCCUCGAGACGGUCCAGCCAACGACAUGAACUGGGUUAGCACAUCUUUUCUCUCUGCAGGAUGGCACGAACUCGAUCCCAAUGCCAAUCCCAGCAUCCCCUUGGUCCAUCCAACCCACCUCAUCAGCAACCCCAUGGGUACUAGCAACGUCAACAGUCGUCCUUUUCUAUCCCAGUCACCUCUCCCCUUGAGCACUCUCGCUCAGGAUCCAGGCAUGGACACAGACAGAGACAGCAUCUCCAUUUGCUUGAAAGCUGAGCAAUUCACCCCAGACAUAGAUACCCCCAUGAGCAAGGACGACAUGGACAUGGAACCCUACCUCCUUCAUCCAAGCAACAGCUCAACCAAGGAAAAGAUGGUAGCAGUCAACACGGCGACGGAAAACAAUCACAAGAGAAGAGAAUCGAAAUCGCCCAGUCCGACGCAAGACCAAUACCAAGACCAUACAGCCGCAAAAACAAAUACAGAUAUAAAUACCCUCCAGCUCCAAUUCCUCCGCCAAAAACUCUCCAGCACGACGAAACCAGACCUAAACAGACACAGUCCGAAAAACAUCUUCCUGAUCGAAGGCAAGCGGCGCGGUCUCUCAUACAAGGAUAUCAAGCGACUAGGAGGGUUCAAGGAGGCCGAGUCGACGCUUCGUGGGCGGUUUAGGACGUUGACUAAAUCGAAGGAGCAGAGGGUUAGGAGGCCCCAAUGGCAGAAUACAGAUAUCCGUCUCCUCUGCGAAGCUGUUAAUCUGUACUCCGCUUCAGAAGCAUGCAGACACAGACACGCCAUUUCUACCGGCUCUGAGUCUGAUUCUUGCUCUUGUUCUUCCUUGCACUCAUCCAUGAAUACCCAUCACCAGAAUGAAAAAGACACUGUGCCCAAGGUCUCCUGGAAGCAAGUGGGUGAGUAUAUCUGGCGCAACGGCGGUUCGUACCAUUUCGGGAACGCAACGUGUAAGAAGAAGUGGUGUCAGAUUCACGGGGUGGAAAUAUGAAAUUAGCGUUAUUCUGGUUAGUUUAUCUCUACUUUGAUUGAAAUUGAAAGUCGAAUAUUUGUUUCUGGUGACGUAUGAGGUAUGGGUUUGGAUUUGACUUGUCUGAUCUGGUUAUUUUUUUCGUCUCUUUCUUUUUUAUUCGCUUAAAGAAGGAUCUCGAUUGGGAUGGAGAGAUCAUGGCAAGGAAAGGAUAGAAAAAGUUCCCAAAUGCAGAACAAAAAGGACGGUUUGCUGCUUGCUGUUUUUUGUUCUCAUUUUUGCCUUGCUUUGUCUUGUCAUAUGUGGAAUUCUUGGAGUUUCGCUCGAUUGUUCAUCUGGGGGAAAAAGGAAUCAUGUAAAAUAGUUCUAUCAAAGUUUGUCAUUAUUCUUUCUCCCAGAUCAUGUAUUUUAAUAAUAAAAAAGAGACCCAUCAGCAUCCUACCUAUCUCAUCAGCUCAAGCUUACAACGAUGACCACUGCCGCGGAUACCCAACCGUCACCAAAACAUCCGUCAGAACCUGGGGGUCUUCCCUCAACAAGUCCCACUCCGACUCAGCCUUAACCAUAAGCGUACCCGCAAGAACUGUCCCAUUAACACUGACAACACCUGUCUCCGCACCCUGUCCCUCGACCUCACGAGCAACGGGGAUAACAGCGCGAUCACUCUUCCGCGGACAGAUCAGCAUUGUCGACACAGUCAUGGCGAGAUUGUAUCCGAUCGCAAUGGGACCCUCCGUCGCGAUAGUCGUGGUAUCAUAAUUUUCCUCCUGAUCGGUAGACGACGAGACGCUCUUGGUAACCGCCACCGCCGCUUUAUAUAGAGAUAAGUAGAUGGAAUGUAACGUCUCCGCGGACGGGUUAGGAGGGAGUGGCAGCGCGAAAUGUGCAAAUGGUAUAUGAGGGAUGUAUUUGAAAUCCGUCUUUGAAGGUGUAGACGUCGUUGUCAUUGUCGACGAAGACGAACACGGCACACCAUCAAUAAGAGGCUCCCAAAACCCUGAAACAUCUCCACCAACCCUCAUAUCCUCAACCGGCAAAAACUGCAAAUGCCGAUGGGGCUGACUCGCACCACUUUCCUUCCCGGAGUUGUAGAACGAGAAGAGCCGUUUCUUCGGUCGUGACUGCGACUGUGACUGAUCAUUCCCAUCCUCCCACGCCUUCAAACAGGCAUAUGCCGCGCUCAAAUCCUCCUUCUCCAGAAGAUGAUCCUGCGACCGCCAUUCCUUCGUGGCGAGUAUGAAAUGGUUCCUGAUCACGGGGUACUUGUUCAGAACGAGUGUAUGCGUGGGGUUUGACGCGGGGAUCUGAGCAAUCAGGAGCUCCUCGGAUGGGUUCGUGAAUGGAUCCGGUUUGGAUGGCUUUUGUUUUUCUUGCUCUUGCUCUUGGUCUUUUCCGUCUAUAUCGGAUAUCUCUGCCGCUGUUCCUGGUUCUGUCGAUGUCGAUGACGAUGCGGGGAUAGGUUUCUUUGCGAGGGAGGGACAGUAGCG